AUGGCAACCACUUUCUCCAGCCGCAUGUCGCUCUCUGGCACAUCCAGCAUCAGUGGAGGAUCGUCUGGCUUCUCCCUCUCUGGGGGUGGUGCUCGUAUGAGCAUCAUGAGGGCCGGCAGUGUGUACGGGGGUGCAGGCGGCGCCGGGGUGCGCAUGUCCAGUGGGUCCCGCACGCUGUCCUUGGGUGGUGGUGGUGGUGGUGGUGGUGCCAGCUUCGGCUUCUCCUCUGCCGGAGGCUUCGGUGGUGGCUUCGGUGGUGGCUUCGGUGGGGGCCUGGCAGCAGCGAAUGGAGCUGUUGUUAGCAACGAGAAGUUCACCAUGCAGAACCUCAACGACCGACUCGCAAACUACAUGAUCAAGGUUCAGACCCUGGAGAAGGCCAACGCCGCCCUGGAGCUGAACAUCAGACAGUUCCUGGAGUCCAGGGUCGGUCCUGAGGCUCACGACUACAGGACCUUUCAAGCUGUCAUUAGCGACCUGCAGGGCAAGAUACAGGCCUUCAUCAGCUCAAAAGGCAGCAUUAAUCUUGGCAUUGAUAAUGCUAGUCUGGCUCUGGAUGACUACAAACUCAAGUAUGACAGCGAGGUUGCCAUGCGCCAGACCGCGGAGGCUGAUGUCGUCGGCCUGAGAGCUGUGCUGGGAGACCUGACCUUUGCCAAGAAUGACCUGGCAAUGCGUCUGUCUGGGCUGCAGGAAGAACUGGUCGUGCUCAAGAAGAACCAUGGGGAGGAUCUGCUGGUCCUGCGUGCCAGAGUUGGCAGCAAGGUGGACGUGGAGGUGGACGCUGCACCCCAGGAGGACCUCUCUGUGGUCCUGGCUGGAGUUCGUGAGCACUACGAAGCUGUGGCCGCCAAGAACAGAACGGAGCUGGGGGCAUGGUUCCAGGCCAAGACGGAGAGCUUGAAGAAAGAGGUCACCACCAGCACAACCACCCUGCAAGUCAGCAGCUCUGAAGUGUCCACCAUGAAGAGCACUGUUCAGGCUCUCCAGAUCGAACUUGUGUCCCUUACCAGCAUGAAAGCCAACCUGGAGUUCACACUCACCGAGACGAAGACCCGCUUCGCUGGCAUGUUGUCCGGGUUCCAGGCGCAGGUGAGCAGCCUGGAGGUUCAGCUGACUCAGCUCCGCGCAAACCUGGAGACUCAGAGCUCGGAGUACAGCAUCCUCCUGGACAUCAAGACCAGACUGGAGAUAGAGAUCGCAGAGUACAACAGACUGCUGAAUGGCCAAGCUAGCAGCAGCUCCUCGUCCAGCUCCAGGACCAAGUACGUCACGGUUGUGGAAGAGGUGGUUGAUGGGAGGGUCGUGUCCUCCUCGUCUUCCAGUUCCUCUAACCUGGUUCGUCUCGGCUGAGUGCACUGCAAGAGCCUCCGGCAAAGUGUUUGAGAAUGAAGGCAAAA